AAGACAAGUGGGAAAUAUUUUUAUUCCAAAGAGUGUCAAAUAUUGUACACAUGAUGGAAAAGUUCUGAAAGAGGUGGAAACUUUGACAUAUCUGGGCAACAUCAUCCAUAAACAAGGAGGAUCAUAUGCGGACGUAAUUGUAAGAAUUAGCAAAGCAAAGACGGCAUAUAGAGCAUGUAGAACUCAAAACAAAAGUCAACCAACAAUCAAAGUUGGAAUCUUCAAUACGAAUAUCGAGACAGCUCUACUGCACAGAACUGAAACGUGGAGAACUACUACAUUCGUCGUCAAGAAAGAACAAGUACUCAUAAACAAUUUUCUAUGCAAGAUAUUAAAUGUCUGUUGACCAGAUACCAUCAGCAACAGCCCAUUGUAGAAGAGAACAAACCAACUUAAGAAGAAAUCGGGAAAUGACGAUGGAAGUGGAUAAGAACUAAAUUGUGGAAACCGCCAAACUGUAUCACGAGACAAGCGCUAACUUAAAAUUCUGAAGGGAAGAGUAAAAGAGGAAGAUCAAGGAACAGUUUACGUCGGGAAUUGGAGGCAGAUAUCGAAAAAAUGGAUAGCAACUGGAGACAACUGGAAAAGAUUGUCCAGGACAGAGCUGAAUGGUGAAUGCUGAAGAUUGUAUACUUCAGUCAGUUCUUCAUGACAUUAUCUGUUCGAAUAAUUGCAUAUGGAUGGCGAUCUGUUCAAUUGGUGUAAAUCUUUACUUUAUAACAAUAAUAACAUGUUAUAUGCUUUUUAUUUUAUCUGGAAAACAGUUGAACAAUAAUUCAUAUUUAACGGGAAAACAACAAUUAUUAGAAUUGAUCAACAGUAAACAUGUUAAUAAUUAUAGUCAAAAUAAAUCUAUUGAAACUAGAUUAAACAUGAAUAAUGAGAGAAAACAUUCCAUAAAAGCAUUUAAACAUAACAUAAAUAUAAGUAGUAAACAAUCAUUUAGAUCAAAAUAUGAUGAUUACAUACCAGAAAAUUAUCAUUUACAUAAAAAACAAACAGAAAAACAAGAAAUUCAUCAUUCAUCUAAUCCAUAUUUUAGUAUAUACAAAUCUAAUAUUUCUUUGAUGAAUCUAUCUUUACAGACAAAAUCAGCUUCAAAUAUACUACCGAAUCUUUUAUUACAGUCUCAAAAUUCUCAUUCUACAAUAUCAAAAUUAUCAUUUUCGUCAUUCUCUAAUGAAAAUGAUGUAGGUGAACCAUAUUUUGAUCUAAAUCAAUCUGUAUAUAUAACUUCAAUAAUAAAUUCUACAGCUAUAAUUCCUUGUAAAGUAAAAGAUAUCGAUUUUUCUUCGACUGUUAUGUCAUGGUGGAAAGAGGAUUUGCCGACACCACUGACAGUAGGUAAUGAAAUAUCACUUCCUCGUUACGAAAUCGAUCGCACUGAUCCUGAAUCUUGGACAUUGAUGAUUUUUCAUGUUACUGAAGCUGAUAGUGGAACAUAUAUUUGUCAAAUUAAUCUAGCCACCAUUAAAGAGAAAUUUUUCUACCUCAAAGUUAUUGCUCAGAAGAAUGAACCGGAUAUGACAAAAUUAAAUGAUGAAUAUGUCAAAGAUGAAAUAGUACAAAAUACAUUAUGGAGAGCAUCAAGUAAACAGAAAAGUGUUCACAUCUUUAAUAACCCUGGUCAAAAUCACUAUUUAACAUGUUUUGUUCAAUUUCAACAUCCAACUGCAACAUCAUCUAUAUAUUGGUAUUAUAAUGGAAAUAGAAUAUAUCCUAAAUUAGAAAAUAAUUAUUUAAAAAUAAAAGAAUUAUACGUAGAUAUACAAACAAAAUGGAUUAAUCAAACAACACAAAUGAGUAUUUGGACUUGUCGUAAAGUACCCGGGACUCAUUUGGAAUCAUUAGAGGAAAGUUCAUUGGAUUUGCAGAUAACAAAUAUUAAAACCGAACAUACAGAAUUGCAUAAUCCUCUCCAAAAUUCUUCCAAAUGUGAAUUAUUAUCAGAUUUAAUAACUUUUUAA